AUGAAGUACAAAAUGGACUCCCCACAUGCCAUUGUCCGUUCUCAUUCACCUGCAGUAGCAAUUCGGGGUACUGAUUAUAAUCGCGCCGCCUCCUCCACCUAUCCAUCUGACCGAAAGCGAUAUUCCUCCCAUUCCCUCACAAGAUCUUCCAAGAAUUCCAAUAGUCUUCAACAUCGAUCAAGUCUAAAUAGCAAAGCCACCAAUCGACAGACCACCAAUUAUAAGUCCUUUCCAACGUACCUCCCACUACUGACACCAAGACCAGUUCCAGAGGUUAAUCUCACCCACGUUGCUCAUGAUAAUCGAUCUCGUCGGCGUAACAAUCAAACUGAUCCUUCUUAUCAAACAUGCCCGUCUUUGAAUGCGCGCCAACCAAAAGUGCAAACCACUGUGAUUAUUAGACCAAUACUGAAAUCUAAAAGCCAGCUAUUUGUUCAUAUUUUUAGGAAGAUACGCUCAAUCAGUCGCGGCCGAUCAAAAUUCAACGUCUUAGCAUCUUCUAACGACCAAGGACAAGAAAAUAAUUUUGUUUUAUAG